GAUGUUUGGUAAAGGGAAGGAUGAAAUCUGCUGCUGAUUGUUUGAUCCAGUCUUUAGAAACGGUGAUGGGCACGGACUACUCAUGUUCCAUCUUUGUAACUAGAUUUGGCUUUUGUAACUAGAUUUGGUCUGUGACUGUUGGCUAUUGAGAUGGACUUUUUUUUCCUUCAAAAAGAAGUUGUUUCUCAGAAGUCCCAUCUGCCCAGGGAAAGAUACAGAAUAUAGUGUGCUUUGUCUUUGAAUGCACUGAAGGAUGAUCCUAUGUUCUGCUCUGGAAGCAGCUGCUGUGGAAGUCUUGUUGUCACUGAUCUAUGUAUCUUUGCAAGUUGAAUAGGAAAACUUACCAGAUUUUGUCAUUUUCCUUCAUCCUUCCCCACCCUUGGAUAGGAUUUGCGCAUCUGACAGUCUCGGAGAAAAAUGACAAUUUCAGCAUUAAGGUACUUCCUUUCUGACUUUCAGUAGCAGGGAAAAACUAAAGACUUUGAAGAAAGUCGCCUGCUGCUCCUUACUCUGCAGUAACAAUGCUGCAGAGAUGAGAUUAUAGCAAGCCCUUCCUGUGUGGCCUCCAUGGGUCCCACUCAACUCAGCACACAGGACCAUGGGAAGAGGGUGGCAAGUGUAUUUGAGAUGGAGGAGGAAGGCCUUUCACUCUUUUCUGGCUCAGAGAACCCCCCUAAGCAUGCAGAAAACCCCCCGCUGAAGCGGAAGAAGGGCCCAGCCCCCAAGAUGCUGGGAAAUGAAGUCUGCAGUGUGUGUGGGGACAAGGCCUCGGGCUUCCACUACAACGUGCUGAGCUGUGAAGGCUGCAAGGGCUUCUUCCGCCGCAGUGUCAUCAAGGGCGCCCAGUACGUCUGCAAGAAUGGCGGCAAGUGUGAGAUGGACAUGUAUAUGCGGCGCAAGUGUCAGGAGUGCCGGCUGCGCAAGUGCCAGGAGGCAGGCAUGCGGGAGCAGUAUGUUCUGUCUGAAGAGCAGAUUCGGCUGAAAAAGCUGAAGAAGCAGGAGGAUGAUCAGGCGCGGACAGUCGUGGUGCGUCCAAACCCUCCACAGCCACCAAGUCCUUCCCACCAGCUGACACCUGAACAGUUAAACAUGAUUGAAAAGCUUGUGGCUGCUCAACAGCAGUGCAACCAGCGCUCGUUCACUGACAGGCUCAAAGUGACGGUAAAUAUUCUUACCAGUGGAAAUUUAUAAUAGUAAGAAUAAUAA